AUGAAAUUUUUCUGUUCGUCCAAGCACAAAUCAUUAGAGGAAGAAAAGAAGAAGGUUGAGCAAGACAAAAAGCAAAAUAUCUUGGAUAAAAAAGCGAAUGAUGCCUUGAAGCGCGAACUUAUGAAGGAAAAGCAAGAAGUUGAGAAGACAAAGAAGGAACUUAACCAUGAUAAGAAACUUGUAAGGCCUUAG